GGCAGAGUGAAGUCCAACGGCCCGCCCUGACGCCCGCUCAUUGAAGAAGAAGAAGACGGUUGGUUUUCUCUCUCGGAGCAGUUUAAACAAGAAACAUCAUCAUGUCGACGAAAUACUGUAAGCUCUUCGUCGGAGGAUUGGACGUGGAGACGACGGAGGAUGGCGUCCGAAAACACUUCGAGCAGUUCGGCACGCUCAGCGACUGCGUGGUGGUGAUGAACCAGCAGAUCCAACGCUCCCGCUGCUUCGGCUUCAUCACCUACUCGACGCCGCAGGAGGCCGACGCAGCAAUGGCGGCGAACCCACAUGUGGUGGAAGGCCGCGACGUGGAGCUGAAGCGGGCGAUAUCCAGAGAAGACGCUCACAACCCGGACAUCCUCGCCAACGUGAAGAAGAUAUUCGUCGGUGGAGUUAAAGACCACAUCGAGGCGGACCACCUCACCGAGUACUUCUCGCAGUUCGGCGUGGUGGAGAAGGCCGAGAUUAUCUCCGACAAGCAGACCGGCAGGAAGAGGGGAUUCGGCUUUGUCUUCUUCGAGGACACCGACUCCGCCACCAAAGCGGUGCUCACCAAGUACCACACCAUCAGCGGCAACAAGGUGGAGGUGAAGAAGGCGCUGACCAAGCAGGAGAUGUCUACUGGAAGUGGCGGUGGACGCGGAGGGCGAGGUAGAGGGAGGAUGCCGUAUGGUGGAGGUAGAGGCGGCGGCGGUGGCUACGGAGGCGGCGGUGGCUACGGAGGCGGUGGUGGCUACGGAGGCGGCGGCGGCGGCGGCUACGGAUGCGGCGGCGGCUAUGGAGGGGGGUAUAACGGAGGUGGAGGUGGUGGAGAAGGAGGAUACGGAGGCUAUGAGGAAGGGGGAUACGACAACCAAAUGGGGGGUGGGUAUAGUAAUGGUGACUUUGGCGAUGGCUACGGACAGCAGCAAUCCAGUUAUGGUGCAGUGAAAGGGGGCAACUCCUACUCCUCCUCCUCCUCCUACAGGAGCGGUGCUCCGUACAACAGAGGCGGCGGUGGAGGUGGCUACGGCCGGGGUGGCGGCGGCGGCGGUGGUAGUGGAUUCAGCGGUGGCUAUUAAAAAAAAAAAAAAAAAAAGAAGUCCCAAGGUUUUGUGUUCAUGGGGGUAAAUCCUGAUUACAGCGAACUUGAAUUUACAUUUACACACAUUACAUUGAGGGGUCUUUGUUGCAGUUUUAAGGGAGCCCAUCAUCAUCAUCACCCCCCCAACACACACACACACAUGGAAUGAAUGAGACUGUCCUCUCUGGAUCCUGGACCCCCAUCAUCUGUCCUCUUAUUCCAACACAUUAUGGACUUUAUACUACUAAGAAAUUUGGGAAUUGUUAUGUUUUUUUGUGGGGGGGGGGGGGAGGGGUGGGAAAGACUUGCUUUGAAACCAUUUGUAAAAGUCACUGCUUCUCAACUCAAACAAAAAUUGAGUUUGUCCUCUUAUUCCAACACAUUAUGGACUUUACUACUAAGAAAUUUGGGAAUUUUGUUAUGUUUCUGUUGGGGGGAAAAGACUUGCUUUGAAACCAUUUGUAAAAGUCAGUCACUGCUUCUCAACUCAACAAGAAUUGAGUUUAAAUUGAGUUUGUCCUCUUAUUCCAACACAUGGACUUUAAUACUAAGAAAUUUGAGAAUUUUGUUAUGGUUUUUUUUGUGGGGGGGGGUGGGGAAAAGACUUGCUUUGAAACCAUUUGUAAAAGUCAGUCACUGCUUCUCAACUCAAAACAAAUUGAGUUUGUUUGUCUUGCAAACCAGCCAGAUUGUGUGUCUGUUAUUUUUGCAUCAUGAACUCAGGGUUUUUAGGUAAUGUUGGUGGCAGUGUCGGGGACAGCAUGGGACUCUGGUUGCUUGUUGAGUUUCUUGAUCUUAAAAACACUUUCGUGAUUUUUUUUUUUAUUAUUAUUUUUUAAAAAAGGAGGAAAAAAUGUCACGGAUUUGUUUUUGUUAUCUGUAAAUUUCUUUUUUUUUUUUCUUCCACCCGUCCCAUUUACAAGGCUUUUUGUUUAGAUUAAAAAACUGUUUUUGAAAAAUCCACGUGUUCAGUUCACCCUUAUGUUUGAUUCUGCUUUUAUUAAAGUUUUUAAUGUUUUGAAAAUCUA